UUUUUUUUGGCAUUAUAAGUUGUUAGGCUCUUCUCCCUCUGUGGUCGCAGGUUCGAAUCGCAGAUUCUGUUUACCUGUUAUUUUUUUCCUGAAGAAUAUCCUGGUUAUAGGCGUGAUGGCCUUUCGAUGCCCAUGGAGGCAACAGGUGCUUGGAAUUAUGCUCUUUAUUUUUCUCUCUGUCGGCCGAUCGGAACAAUUUUCAAUAAGCCCUUCCGCCACUGCCAACGCUGUCUCUGAAUUGACGGAUUCAAUCGUACGAUCCAUGGGCUGGAACGCCGAGGAAGUGAAGAUCGUGGAUGUAGAUAAGCUUGAGCCGAUGUUUGGCCACGCGACGCUGUACGAGUUUGAUGUUCAGAUAGGGAAGGGUGUAAUUCCUCUGAGGCUAUCUGAAGAAGUAAAAUCAUGGAAGUUUCUCGAAGAAUCUACGGAAGUAAUAGGAGGAGAGCCUGAGAAUGGGCUGAUGAAAGAAGCAGAGCAAUUUGCGCCGGUUUUAUCCCCCUUUCAGCUGGCAGGGCCACUGGAAUUGUGGAUUCAUGAUGCCGAUCAUAUGCGCCUUUCCGUACCGCAUGAUGUGGAAGCUGGGAUAUUGAAGAAAGUAAUGUUAGCAGAUGGAGCUGUGGUGACUGUUGUAGGUGCCAGAGAAUUGAGCCUAAGACAACCCAUCCAGUUGCCUUUACCGAUUAGCACCGCCACUGAGGAUGGUAAUCUUGCUCUCAAUCUGAUUGAACUUGCCACAAAGUUAAGGCGUGAUUCAAGCAAUCAAGAGAAACCUGUGUCUCUGCGAAUCGUGGGUCCAACUUCACUUGCUGCAUCAUCCAUCAAUGAGCCGGAUUCAACAUCAAGUAAGUUGAAGGUGAAGAGACUAGCCCCUGGAUCUGUUGAAUUGAGAUCUCGCCAAGAGCAGGGGAUGCAAACUCCAGUAUCAUUGGAGGUUGAUGCCAAUUCACUUGGUCCAAAUGAUAUGUGGAUGUGGCCUCUACCAUCACUUAAUGGCUCUGAUCCUAAACUUCGUGGCAUUGAAGAACUUCUGAGGGCAAUCUUGGGUCCCAAUGCCCAACAGAAAGGAACAAUUAAAUUGUUAAAGGCACAAGCUGCAGCAGCAACUUUUGUCAAAGUGCAAUUUGAGCUAGAAAAGAAAGCUGGAAACGACACAUUUAAUAUGGAGACUUGGCCGGAGUGGAGAACAAAGUCCUCUGUUGUGCGCUUGCAGUUUGAGCUGACAGGUAGGGUUGAAGGUGAUAAGAUUUUGCCACUGAAAGUGCAGCAGAUUGAGCCAGUUGCUAUUAUUGAAUCUUCCUCAUUUAGAUCUUUGACAGGAAAUGUCACAUUUUCGAAGAUUCCUCUUGGGUAUCCUCCCGUCUCUCCUUUUACUUUGUAAUUGAAGAGUGCAGGCCUUACCUAAAGAGCAUACCACAUGUUCCUGUAUUUAACGUGAAUGCUCAUAUCUGGUGUUCAAUUUAAAAUAUACUAGUAAGCCUUGUUAAAGGUCUCCCCAGAAGUUUUACCCUAUCUCAAAUCAGAUGCAAAAUAGCACUUGAAUGAGAAUUUUUUCAUUUGCCUGUUUACCAUUGUACUGAAAUUUAUGUUUUCACCGUAUAUUGAAUUUUUUAAAGAAUUAAUUA